AUGAGCAAAUCCAAGCGAAGCGGCAAGCCACCUCCGGGCGCAAGGGACUCCCAAGCGCGUUGGUUUGGCGGGAUCAAGGCGAAAUGGCACGGUUCUCGGGUUGAAGAGGCCGCUUUCGAAGAGCAGGAAGAGAUAACGAGUGCACGCGAUGCUAGCAAUGCGGAUUAUGGUCAUGACAGCAAUGUCCAAGUUUCGACAGCGUUGGCCACUGCCAUCGACAAGUUAGCGCAUCCAUUCUCUGAUCUGAGAUUCGAUGCCGAGACCGCUGAACAGAGCAAUCGUGCGUCCAGCAACUUCUCGCGCCCCACACAGAGCAACUUCAUUGUCAAGGAAAACGGCAAGACGGCUAAAACUCGAGGGACUAAGUUUCGUGGGGCUGAGAUCCGGCGCGGAAUGCUCAAGGUAAAACUCAAGCAGGGUGCCAUCAUCCGGCAUUUUGAACUCGAGGCAUGUACCGAUCCUACCGCAGUCGCCGAUGGUGUCGAAAUAUUCGAUGGACCACAGGAGAGCGGCCUUCGCUUCUACCGCAAACUGAGAUACUUCAUCGUCACAGGCGUUUACGAACAGCACUGGACUGAGGUGCCCAUCUACACCUACCGCAAUCGAGGGCUCGAGGGAAAACCAGAGGGGUUGAAGGCCGAACACGUCAGCAUUCGUGCUUCGAACAUUGAGAAGAAGACCUUCAACUCCCAGAGUAGACACCCGCAUCUGAAGGUCGCGGUUUGGAACGGUGGUGCGCCCCAGUUGAAGCCAAGUUCUGUUGUCCAUUUCACCAAAGACAAAUCCUCGCAUGCGGAAACACAGAUUGAGAUCUUGGGCAGUAUCGAUGCUUCGUCGCUGGACCGGCUGCAGAACCUCUGCAAGGAGUUCUAA